CGGAGCGGCAUCUUGAAAGCGCGAGGCUGACCGCGCGCAGAUGCGACGUCGUCUUGCCGUUCGUGUCCCCUCGCGCAGUCACGGCUCGCGCCUCCUCUUGAAGCGUUCGUUUACGUUCCACUCGUGUCCCCGGGAAGCGGGAAGGGCGCGCGCAGGGAUUCGUUUCCAGGACGAGGAGCUGCGUGAACAUGGCGUGCAUCGGGGACUUCGACCCCUUCACUGCCGCCAUCCCGGCCACCAAAGUGGAGCUGACCGUGUCGUGCAGAAACCUGCUGGACCGAGACACCUUCUCCAAGUCAGAUCCAAUAUGCGUCCUGUAUAUCCAAGGAAUUGCCAACCGGGAGUGGCGCGAGUACGGCCGCACAGAGGUGAUCGACAACACCCUGAACCCCGACUUCGUCCACAAGUUCAUCAUGGACUACUUCUUUGAGGAGCGGCAGAACCUACGCUUCGACCUCUACGACUUGGACUGCAAGAGUGAGAAGCUCUCGAAGCACGACUUCCUGGGCCAGGCGUUCUGUACUCUGGGUGAGGUGGUCGGUUCCCUGGGAAGUCGCCUGGAAAAGCCUUUGAUUGGAAUCCCGGGGAAGAAGUGUGGGACGAUGAUCGUCCGAGCGGAGGAGCUCACCAACUGUCGGGAGUCUGUGAUGCUGCAAUUCUGCGGGAACAAGCUGGAUAAGAAGGACUUCUUCGGCAAGUCGGACCCCUUCCUGGUGUUCUACCGCAGCAACGAGGACGGAUCCUACACCAUCUCCCAUAAGACGGAGGUGGUGAAGAACACUCUGGACCCCGUGUGGCAGGCCUUCAAGAUCCCUGUGAGAGCGCUGUGUAACGGAGACUACGACAGGAGCAUUAAGGUGGAGGUGUACGACUGGGACCGGGACGGAGGUCACGACUUCAUCGGUGAGUUCAGCACCAGCUACAGAGAGAUGUCCAGAGGCCAGACUCAGUUCCACAUCUACGAGGUCCUCAACCCCAAGAAGAAAGGCAAGAAGAAGAAAAAAUACCAGAACUCAGGGACAGUGACCCUGUUGUCCUGCCUGGUGGACUCUGAGCUCUCCUUUCUGGACUUCAUCAAAGGCGGGACUCAGAUCAAUUUCACGGUUGCGAUUGAUUUCACGGCGUCUAACGGGAACCCGUCCCAGCCCACCUCGCUGCACUACAUGAGCCCGUACCAGCUCAACGCCUACGCCAUGGCCCUGCGUGCCGUGGGCGAGAUCAUCCAGGACUACGACAGCGACAAGAUGUUCCCCGCGCUCGGCUUCGGCGCCAAGCUGCCCCCCGACGGGCGGGUCUCGCACGAGUUCGCCCUGAACGGGAACCCCCAGAACCCGUACUGCUCGGGCAUUGAAGGCGUGAUGGAGGCGUACUACCAGAGCCUCAAGUCGGUUCGGCUCUACGGCCCCACGCACUUCUCCCCCGUCAUCAACCACGUGGCCAGGUAUGCGUCGGCGGUGACGGACGGCUCGCAGUACUUCAUCCUCCUCAUCAUCUCCGACGGAGUCAUCACGGACAUGGCCCAGACCAAGGAGUCCAUCGUCAACGCCGCCUCACUGCCCAUGUCCAUCAUCAUCGUCGGCGUCGGACCGGCUGAGUUUGACGAAAUGAUCGAGCUGGACGGAGACGAGGAGCGCAUCUCGUCCCAGGGACGUCUGGCUGAGAGGGACAUCGUGCAGUUCGUCCCGUUCCGGGACUACGUGGACCGCCGGGGGAACCACAUCCUGUCCAUGGCGCGCCUCGCCAAGGAGGUGCUGGCCGAGAUCCCCGACCAGUUCCUGUCCUACAUGCGAACGCGGGGCAUCAAACCGGGGACCUCUCCGCCCCCCUACACCCCCGCCAUCCACCCCCUCCUCACCCGGAGGGUGAGCCGGAUCUGAGGUCCCUCCCCCGCUCCUCCACCCUCCUGCCCCGCCUCACAGGAGGUCCUCGUCUGACGGAGGCUCCGCCCCCUGCCGCACCAGGAGGAGAACUUCAAAGUCCUGAUGAUGAUGAUGAUGACGAUGAAGAUGAUGACGACGACAUUGAGUGAACCAACCAUCUGUGGCGCUCACCCGCGUCCCUUUUGACAGACGAGUGAGGGGGGGGGGUUGGGAAGCAGCGUGUGGCACUCAUUUGGGGUGGAGGUCAAAGGUCAACUCGUCGACCCUCAAGAUGGACAGAUACAGACGAGCAUGGCUAUCAUCUACAUAGCGUUUAUCCCUCUAUCAUCUAUCAUUAUCCAUCUGUCUUCAAUAUAGCUAUCAUAAUCUAUCUUUUAUUUAUCUAUCAUUAUCCACCUGGCUUUUAUCUAUUUAUCUAGAUCAUUUCCAUUCAACCCUCUUCUAUUAGAUACUCUCACUCUCCUUUCAUCUGUCAUCAAUCGAUCUACAUCCAGAUGUUAUCAAUCUAUAUUAGUCUGUUAUUCAUUUUCUCGUUUCAUCCGUCAAUUAUCUCUGUCUAUCAGUCUACCCAUUAUCUCUGUCUGUCUAUCAGUCUGUUAUCCAUUAUCUCUGUCUAUCAGUCUGUGAUCCAUUACCUCUGUCCAUCAGUCUGUUAUCCAUUACCCCUGUCUGUCCAUCAGUCUGUUAUCCAUUAUCUCUGUCCCUCAGUCUGUGAUCCAUUACCUCUGUCCAUCAGUCUGUUAUCCAUUACCCCUGUCUGUCCAUCAGUCUGUUAUCCAUUAUCUCUGUCCCUCAGUCUGUUAUCCAUUACCCCUGUCUGUCCAUCAGUCUGUUAUCCAUUAUCUCUGUCCAUCAGUCUGUUAUCCAUUAUCUCUGUCCCUCAGUCUGUUAUCCAUUAUCUCUGUCCCUCAGUCUGUUAUCCAUUACCUCUGUCUCUCCAUCAGUCUGUGAUCCAUUACCUCUGUCUGUUGUGUGUCAGUCAGUCUGUGUUCAUGUUUACAGCGACGGGACAGAGGCAGAUCUGCUAGGUAGUGCAGCAGGACUCGUACCGAUGCCGUCGUCCUGCACCACUCAGGGCUCUGUUGCACCGCAACUAAAACCCCCCCGUCCUCCACACACGCACACGUGCACACACACCACACAGACACACCAACGUGAACACACACACAGACACACACUUCUGCCCAGCAGGAGGGAGUCGGGGUACUGGUUGGGGGAUGUGUAGCCGUACACACCCGCGCUGGCACCGGACUCCCCCUGGGUACCUCGUACCCCCACCUGGGUCUCCACAGACCGUCCCCAGGUGUUCUACCGACUCACACACAGACACUUGGACACACGCCCAGGCAAACCCGCUCCAACGCUCCGUGUCUUAUUGGGGGACGAGUGUGGCUCCGCUUUCACUGAGCGGCGUUUUGUAGCCUCAGAAGCAUUCUUCCAUUUUGUCUCUACCUCUCACAUUGUUGUUAUGGUGGCGGGCGGAUCACGACAAAUUGAGGCGGCUCGCAGUGACUACCGCCCUGGACGCCCGUCGUGUCGGCCGAAACCGUGAGGGGAGAGAGCUUUGACCGCUAUCUGAUGGACUCCGUUCCGGGUCGAUAUCGGCAGCCCUUCCUCUGCUGUAUCGUCAGCGCCUCUGCACCAGGACACAAAGCUUCUUCGUCGAUGGCCAACGGGGACAGUGUGCAUCGGGGCGGACUCCUUCAUGACCGUACCAGGGGUUUAGUUUGGCCCCACCUCACCUUCUAGACAUAGUAAGACUGCAAUCUAAACAGGUAACUGCACUGCUGUCACUUUUCUAAGCCAAGUGUUUCUGGGUGAGACUUCCAACGCCGGCCACUUUUUUUGACCCGUGUUCUCUACGUGUGGAUUGAUGAUGUUAAGCAAAGCACAAAUGGUUUCACUGCAGAACAGCUGAGAUUAAUUCAUAACGUUCUCCGUCUUACAUGGAUUGGGCCGUCCUCCCGCAGUGGGGGGACCCACAGCUGGCCCCGGGACCCCACUGUGGGUCUGAUGGGUCUCGCCUCCCAUAUUCAUCAACGCCCCGGUGAACACAUGCGCAUCGCCGACCCACUACAGUAGCACCUGGUAGUUGACUACCUUACGCAUCAUUAGACUGUUGAUAGAAACAGGACCGUUCCAAGUGAGACCCCUCUGUAGCCUAAUAUCUAUAGCUUAUAAGCAGGCUCCUGCGGUCCCCAUCUUCUUAUUAGGGGAACCCAAGGGUAGCCCGGACCCCUAGGUUCGGAACCCACUGUUCCUACUGCCUGGCUAGAACGGGGGAACUACUGUGUAAUACAUUUAACUUGAACAGCAAUUUGUGUACAACACUGUAAACACUAAUGUUAAACACUUCUGUAACCAACCGAGGCAGAAAGCGUACUUUCUUCUGCAUACAUCUCAGAUAUAUAUUUCUUAUUUUCUUGAGUAUUUAUUUAUUAUCCUCAAAUGAAAAAGUAUACUGUACUUCUAAACUGCUUGUGAUGAACGAUUUCUUACACAUUUAUACACUAAAUGUCAAAAAUGUUUGCAUUUUAUCGUGACUUGGGUGCGUACAUGUGAAUUGCUGCUUUUGUUUCGGUGUAAAAGUGUUCAUGUUUUUAUACAGAGGCCUGUAAUCAUAUUUAAAUCAUGACUAACAGGCCUUAUACACGUUUCUGUACGAGUUAAUCAUAUUUAAAUCAUGAACGACAGGCCCACGCCUUUUUAUAAGUGACUGGUUGGAUACCGAAGUAUUUCCUGUGUGUACAAGUACAGUCUUCAAGGCCACCACAUCUCAGUAGCAAAACAAGGAUUCUACCUUUUAUUCAUCUCCACAAGGGUUUUCCCUGUAGCGUGCGACCCAUCCCUAUAGAUUCGGUUUGACUGGAUACAGGCCCCGCAGUCAACACACAUUUUCUACUAUUCCCUUCCGACCGUGGCCCCGCGACGCACAAUGUAGCAGCAGUCCUAGCGCAGGUACGAAUCCGUAGCUUCUUCGCUGGUAGACUCGGCAAAAGUGGAGAAGACUUGAUGGGAGCAGAAGCGAGCGCGUCCUCUCUCCUCAGUUUCCAUUUCGUCCAGAGUCAAAAGGCUGCAUACUGCAAGGACUGUGACUGUUUCCCGUGAAACAAAAUGAAGGGCGCUUCAUUUAUUUAUUGUGAUUCAAUGUCAAGCGCAUCUCACGCCCACACUCGUAUAUACAUACAUGCAUCCGCGCAUGAAACAUGCAUGCCACUUACGUAACCCCGAGAGCGGCGGCGGCGGCGGCGGCGGCGGAGAGAAGGGGCUGAGCACUGGGUUGUUUUUCUUUUCACGCUCCGGUGAGAAUUCGUGAAUUUCAUAGAUUAAACCAUUUCGACUUUAACUGUAAUAAGACAAAACGAAUCAGGAGCCAAGAUCAGUCCAGGUCACAUAGAUGUCUGGGAAGCCAAUCAUGGACAUUGGAGAUGAAAGCUUUUUUUAGCAGGAACGUUUGAUCCGAACUGAACCCCCGUACUAGACUUGAAAUUCUGGAGUAGAGCGAGCGAGAGGUUAGAGUGUAGGAGGAGGAAUUACAUUCAAUAAGGUUCAAGCGUAGCUUUUAUUUUAUUUUUUACACACUGUCACUGGAAACGCCAGCAUGCUAAGCGGUUCACAAACAUGGAGCGUGCCAUCCACUCACGUCCUGGGGUUUGGUCCUGGCUCCCUUCAGGAUGGCAGCCAGGUGGCUGGCACAUCACGGAUCGCUUGUGAUAAAUAUUCCUUGUUUCCGUAGCAUGCAUAAUGUCUGCAUGUGUGUAUUUUUUCUACCAGAUGUGGGGAAAGGCAAAGUGUACGUAACAACAUCCCUGUGUGUUCUUUUGCUAUGAAAAAAAGUUUUUUCGCCUUACUCGAUGAACAGAUCACAGAUCAAUCUUGGCACUCGCGUGAUGCCUUCAAGGUGUUUAUAUUCACUACAACUCUGGAAGUGUCCGUUUGAUUUGUUUCUGUUGCUGUCUGCGUUCUCCUCCGAGAGGCUGUGGUGGAACUCUGGUUGGGAACGGAAUAAAACUAGGCUAGUCUGGGGCUUCGAUUAAACAUGUAUGGAACGGCCGCCAUACGUACGCUGUCGGUCGGUGCUAGCGUGUACGAUACCGCAGUGAAAAUUCUGAUGGAAGUUCGCCAAAAGUCGCUAUUUUCGGUGACAUCGGGGGAUCUUUAUAAUGGAAAGAUGAUGUCUUUCCAAAGUUUGAAACAUAUAUGAACCUCUUUAAUCAUAAAUGAGCGUGAAGGAGCAGCAGUUAAGACGAGGCGUAGUUAUAGUUAUGUUUUAGGAGGUGCAUGGAGCCGAUGGCACGGCAUCUGUGGGGGACGCCAGUGACCCAAGGUGUGGACGCCUUAGCGGUCCACACACAGGAAUCAUUUGGCCUUCCCUAUAGCUGCUCACCGGAUCAACAUCCUCCUUCCUCAAUACAUUAUCAAUCUGGCUAGCCGACCUUUCAACUUGACCUAUUGAUUCAGAUCAGAUGACUUUAGUUUGAUUGUGGAGUCCAACCAACAAUGUUUCGGCCUCAUCAACCACAAUGUGUUCGCUGGUCCAGAGGCAGACUUUUUAAACCAAUAAUAAUGACUUUUUAGUUCCCCUCCGUCGGGUUAAUCGUCAUAGAGACAGCACUGGUUUCACUGUUCAGAUUUCAAAAUGGGAAAGCCUCGAAAGAUUGAUAUAAAGUAAACUAUUUAUGUAUGGAAUUUCAAUAUUUAAAUAAAUAUUCAUAUGAAA